UUGUAUUAUAUAUAUAUGUUUAUUUAAACAUUUUUAAAUAAGCUUUGUAUAUAUUACUAGCAAUCUUUUUGGGUACCAUUUCCAAAAUAAAAUAAAAAUCAAUAAACACAAAUCGGCAGUGCGUGGUUACACAAUCAGCUGACCACAUGACUGAAAGAGAAAAAUACAUUAUUUACAUAACUUCAAUGGGGGAGUCAGAAUGGAGGCACAGCCUGCAGCCAUUCUGAAAAGUGUUUGGUUUCGUUUUUUUGAGGGAAAGACAUGAGCAGAUUAUGGGGGAAAUGCUUAUAGGGAGAAAGGAGAAAGCAGCUAGUUAAAGAGUUAAUUUAAUCUUUAAGGAAAGAAAGCAAAGAAUGUAGAGAUUCAGCCUGUCUGUACACUAGGUGUGUAUACAUUGUAGGUAGUUUAAAGUAGAUCUCAAUUUGUGAGUUUUAGUUUAAAGAACUUUCCAUUAAAUUUAAAGGCAAUCCAGUGAUAUUUCCAAACCUGCAGCGUGAAUCAUGACUGGUAUCAAAUAGUAUAAAUCUUCCCUUUGAUCCACAAUUUGCCCUGGUUAAUCUGCCCUCACUCUGUGCCCAAGACAGUUAAUCUGUCUCAGCGCUGUGCAAAAUAAAAGGCUGGGGGGCACAAUGCACCAAGGGUCAGCGCUGUUGCAUAGGCGACCUUUAAUAUUGCUUUUAGCAUGCUCAUGUACAAAUAAAUACAAAUUAAGCUGGAAGGAUGUUUAACUUGUGGCCCACACAGAGUUAUUCACUAAAAGGAGAAUUUAAGGGGAUUUCACAUUUUCGGCCAAACUGGAAGCAGAGUGGACUUAUCCAAAUAUUUCCAAAUCGCCUAUUUUGUCCUUUGAACUCUCACCUUGAAUGAAUAAGCCUGACCAUACACUUUAUACGUGAGUACACUGUGUGGCAGAAGGUGUGCAUUACCACUGUGUGUACAACGGGUUUGCUGCAUCAAUCAUUUUGCUUCCUAUGAAAUGAUUUGUGUUCCGGCCAUUGUGAAUAGAUGCAUGUUAACACACACGUACAUCUAUACGUGUGAACAAGUGUUUGUAUAUACAGCCAGUGAGACUUUAUUAAAGCAGUGGCAGAGGAUGAAUGGACAAGGUUCGAUGCGGUGAUGUUAAGUGCUUAUAAUCAUCCAUAUUGUCUGUAGCAGAACGAGGACUAAACAAGAGACAUAAAGUGCAUUUCUCGUGUGCAACAGACACAGCAGCAGAACGAUAGCAGCCCAAGGAGGUCCACGCAGCGAGAUACAGGAGCUUUCUGAGCAAAUCAUUAUGGCGCAGCUGAGGCCAGUGAUAGGACAUAAAGUGCAAUACACAAAGGACAGUGGCAGAAAGUGAGGGCGUUUAAAGUGCUUGUUUAUGGGCAAAUGCGGCUUUAUCUGGCGUAGCCAAAAAGCUUUUAGUACGUUAUUAGUGGAGAGGCUAGUCGUGGGAUAUUGGGAAAAUACUACACACUUCUGCCCAAAAAAGUUGGAGGUAAUUUCUUUUUUAAAAUGGCAGAGUCAUACAGUCAUUGGAGUAAAAAACAAAACAUUAAGACAUGAACAUCCCAGUGAUUCUCAGAUCUCUUCUGUCCUGUAAAGGAAAGCAAAGCACUGGACUGUUAUGCAAUAACAUAACUCUGCCUCUUGUGUUAUGAAACAUCCGGUCUGCAGCCCCGUGUGUCAUCCAACAUCCGGUCUGCAGCCCCGUGUGUCAUCCAACAUCCGGUCUGCAGCCCCGUGUGUCAUCCAACAUCCGGUCUGCAGCCCCGUGUGUCAUCCAACAUCCGGUCUGCAGCCCCGUGUGUCAUCCAACAUCCGGUCUGCAGCCCCGUGUGUCAUCCAACAUCCGGUCUGCAGCCCCGUGUGUCAUCCAACAUCCGGUCUGCAGCCCCGUGUGUCAUCCAACAUCCGGUCUGCAGCCCCGUGUGUCAUCCAACAUCCGGUCUGCAGCCCCGUGUGUCAUCCAACAUCCGGUCUGCAGCCCCGUGUGUCAUCCAACAUCCGGUCUGCAGCCCCGUGUGUCAUCCAACAUCCGGUCUGCAGCCCCGUGUGUCAUCCAACAUCCGAUCUGCAGCCCCGUGUGUCAUCCAACAUCCGAUCUGCAGCCCCGUGUGUCAUCCAACAUCCGAUCUGCAGCCAUGUGUGUUAUCAAACAUCCGAUCUGCAGCCAUGUGUGUUAUCAAACAUCCGAUCUGCAGCCAUGUGUGUUAUCAAACAUCCGAUCUGCAGCCAUGUGUGUUAUCAAACAUCCGAUCUGCAGCCAUGUGUGUUAUCAAACAUCCGAUCUGCAGCCCCGUGUGUUAUCAAACAUCCGAUCUGCAGCCAUCAACAUCCGGUCUGCAGCCCCGUGUGUCAUCCAACAUCCGGUCUGCAGCCCCGUGUGUCAUCCAACAUCCGAUCUGCAGCCAUGUGUGUUAUCAAACAUCCGAUCUGCAGCCAUGUGUGUUAUCAAACAUCCGAUCUGCAACCAUGUGUGUUAUCAAACAUCCGAUCUGCAGCCAUGUGUGUUAUCAAACAUCCGAUCUGCAGCCCCGUGUGUUAUCAAACAUCCGAUCUGCAGCCAUGUGUGUUAUCAAACAUCCGAUCUGCAGCCGUGUGUUAUCAAACAUCCGAUAAGCAGCCCCGUGUGUUAUCAAACAUCCGAUCUGCAGCCAUGUGUGUUAUCAAACAUCCGAUCUGCAGCCCCGUGUGUUAUCAAACAUCCGAUCUGCAGCCAUGUGUGUUAUCAAACAUCCGAUCUGCAGCCGUGUGUUAUCAAACAUCCGAUCUGCAGCCGUGUAUCAAACAUCCGAUCUGCAGCCGUGUGUUAUCAAACAUCCGAUAUGCAGCCCCGUGUGUUAUCAAACAUCCGAUGUGUGUUAUCAAACAUCCGAUCUGCAGCCGUGCAUCAAACAUCCGAUCUGCAGCCAUGUGUGUUAUCAAACAUCCGAUCUGCAGCCGUGUGUUAUCAAACAUCCGAUAUGCAGCCCCGUGUGUUAUCAAACAUCCGAUCUGCAGCCAUGUGUGUUAUCAAACAUCCGAUCUGCAGCCGUGUGUUAUCAAACAUCCGAUAUGCAGCCCCGUGUUAUCAAACAUCCGAUAUGCAGCCCCGUGUGUUAUCAAACAUCCGAUCUGCAGCCAUGUGUGUUAUCAAACAUCCGAUCUGCAGCCGUGUGUUAUCAAACAUCCGAUAUGCAGCCCCGUGUGUUAUCAAACAUCCGAUCUGCAGCCAUGUGUGUUAUCAAACAUCCGAUCUGCAGCCGUGUGUUAUCAAACAUCCGAUAUGCAGCCCCGUGUGUUAUCAAACAUCCGAUCUGCAGCCCCGUGUGUUAUCAAACAUCCGAUCUGCAGCCCAGUGUGUUAUCAAACAUCCGAUCUGCAGCCCCGUGUGUUAUCAAACAUCCGAUCUGCAGCCCAGUGUGUUAUCAAACAUCCGAUCUGCAGCCAUGUAUGUGAUCAAACAUCCGAUCUGCAGCCCUGUGUGUUUUCAAACAUCCGAUCUGCAGCCCUGUGUGUUUUCAAACAUCCGAUCUACAGCCCUGUGUGUGAUCAAACAUCCGAUCUGCAGCCCAGUGUGUUAUCAAACAUCCGAUCUGCAGCCAUGUGUGUUAUUAAACAUCCGAUCUGCAGCUCCGUCUGUUAUCAAACAUCCGAUAUGCAGCCCCGUGUGUUAUCAAACAUCCGAUCUGCAGCCCCGUGUGUUAUCAAACAUCCGAUCUGCAGCCCAGUGUGUUAUCAAACAUCCGAUCUGCAGCCAUGUAUGUGAUCAAACAUCCGAUCUGCAGCCCUGUGUGUUAUUAAACAUCUGAGCUGCAGCUCUGUGUGUCAUACAACAUCCACUUUACAAACAAGAUUUUCAAAUUGAUCCGGAUAUCCUGGAUACUCUUUAUGCGGGCACUGGAUAUGGUUUUGUGAGUUGUGCUUUCAUCGAUGUGAAGAUUUAGUUAUUUCAUAUCUGUGCAGUACUUGAGACAGCAAGUCUCUGAAUAAACCUGCAGCUCAACACGGUCGCAUUCAAUAAUUAAAUCUUACAACAACUCCCCAUAUGCUGGAGACAAGAAAUAACAGCUUUGCAUCAGUCCCCAAAGUACAUGUGUUUAUCAGCAAUUUCACUAACAAAGGAUGUGGCUGUUCUUUCAAUGAUCCAGGGAGGACAAUCUACAAGUCUGACCUAUGAAAGACUCGAGGGGCAUGAAGAUAUUGCUAGGGAGGACUCAAGCAAUAUUUUCAUUACAUCGCUUCCUCAAAGACACGACUGAAAGUGCUAGCUGUAACGAUUAACACAAUGAUAAGUGAAAAGAGGAAACUAAACAAGCUUUCUUAAUUAAUCAUGGACAAUUCCAGGGCAAACACAAAUGGAAAUAAUACUCAAAAUGAAAUUAAGAUAUUACUGAUCCAUGGAACGUCUACAGGUAUGUCUGCUGCUUGAUAUUAGAUCUCGCAACAAUUAACGUAGAUCAUAUAUUUUUUUUUAGCGUUUAUAAUUAACACGUUAUACAUUUAGUAUUACAUGAACAGAUGUCAAUGAAUGUGUCCUUGAGGAAUUAGAUGUAUAUUAUUAGAGGAUGUUGCUUGCAAGAAUCCCAUAUUUAAACUCAUUUUGCACUCUGAUUAUUAGAAAUAGUUAUUUAACAAGACACAAUCAGCAAACCCAUUACAUUUCAAUAUGUGCAUUACUUUUAUUUCUGAUUGUUCUUUUUUUUUUCUUCUUCUACCUAUUACCCAUAUUCUUGGAUGUAAACAACUGGCCUUCCUAGACAGAAAACAGGACCAGCCUAUGAAGUGCACUGGUAACCUGGGAAUCUAUAUAAAAGAAUAAUAAUCUGUGACUCCAAUAGCUCAUUGCUGCUAGUGUAAACAUAUUUAUGGAAAAAGGCAAUUUUCCAGUGCCACCAUAGUGGCACCAGCAUUCUGCAAACUCAAAGGCCAAAACAUGGACCAGAAUGAGGCGUGAUCACAGCUGCACAUUUGUAAACAAUGCUCACAUAGUCUUCAGAGAUCAAGCUCUUUACUGGAAAGUACAGAAUCAUUUAUGGUUAUACCUUAGAGCAGUUAAUCUCUACAAACCCUUAAGUCUGUGCCUCUGGUAGUUUCCGGCUGGGGCCUGAUCUAGCAGUGCUGAGUCUUGGUGCUGUAUGAAUGAGCCCCCGACUUGUCUCACAGUUCAAAUUUUGAUAACGAGAGGUGUCAGGAGGAGGCCGCCGACACACUGAUAUAAAGCUGAAGCCUCCCAAGCAGCAGGCUGGGCAAGAAACAGUUUCCUCAUGAUCCAACACUGAACUUGAAGAAGCAUGUAGUGGAACUGUGCUACCACUCUCUCCUCCUUCACACCCCAAACCAGGAAGCCUGCCCUCCCACAAAUUGCCCUCCAGAGAUCCUAAAGGGCUAGGAUGAAGCACACCUACCCACCCCAUGGGUUUCUUGCAAACUACAUUAUUGUUGUCCGCAAGGUUUAGUCUGCUGGGAGCUUCUGGUUGCUCCUGUUGCCAGGUGCUCACAGGAGGAGAAGGGGAACGAGAAGAUGAUAGAGAAGAUGAGGACGAGUGAGGAGGGAGAGAAGAAACAAGAAAUGGUCGAUUUGUCACUAAACGUGGAAACCUCUGGCAGAAUGUGUUUUCUUCUGUGCUAUCAGGGCUGCUAGAGCAGUCCAUCGGUUCCCCUGUAGGAUUGUCUACAAGCUGAGUGCUCUCUACAUUUUCUCUGCAUUGCUUCCAAAGUCCAUUCCAGUCCAUAGCUCUCUCUGGAGUAUCUUUUCCAACUGGAAGCAUCUUAUCUUGAGAGCCGUGGUCUGGUGAAAAAUCAUUCACAACACAUUCAUGGACUCGGUUGGGUUUUACAGAAUUAGCCACAAACAUCUUAUCUUUCCAUUCCUGAUCUGUCCUUUGUGGAAUAGGAACUCUGGCCACUUUAUUCUCAUUCCACUGAAGAAUGCACCUUUCCACUGGGAUCUCAACUACAUAGUCUACAAAUGUGUUACCAGCACUCUUCUUUGUGGGUAGCUUUUCCUUCUGAUCCUGAAUGGAGUAUAGAGAGACCCAGUCAUUCUUGUCUACAGAUUUAGUAAUUAAUGUAGAUUCUGGGUUUCUAAAAGUAUUGGUGCCUUCAGAAACCAGUGUAGGAUUGUCAGAAUAAUUCUCGAUUUCCAAAGAGUUAUCACAAUUGACCUGUAAGAUGCCAUUUACCGUAGGUCUUUUCUCUAUGUGAUUCUUGCCCAUUCCUUCUAAAUUGACAAAAUCUGGUUCCCGAAUAAGCCUUGCACGGUUACUGACCAACUUAUACGCCCCUCUCUGUAAGGGUGUGCCAAGCAAGGAAGGAUUCUCUCUAUGAGUUAUCUCUGGUGAGGAAGGAAGGGAUCUACAGCGUCUCGGUCUUGUUCCUGGCUGUGAAAAAUCACACUGAGCUUCUACGAUUGGCUCAGGAGUAAUAGGGCUACUUAGCUGAUAAGACAUGGGAGGAGGAAGAUCAAAGGUCAAUGAUAUGACUGAUUUGCUUGGGGUGUCAAACAGCUUGAUGCGACCACCUUUGAGAUCCUCCCGUUGUGAGAAUGGAUUGAUGCGGGCUGGAGUGUCCUGCAAAAGAUCAUCGUAGUGGUCCUGAGUUCCCAAACCAAAUGGAGAUUGUGGUGAAAACACAUCAGACUGACUGCGAGACAAGCGUUGCUCAGGUGGUGUUGGGAGACCCCAGCUGUGCUGCUGAUUAUUCGGGAGCAGAAUAAAAUCUGUGCCUCC